AACUCGUCUUCGCUUCUUCUUCUUCUUUCUUCCACCCCGAAAUUAGGGCAAUUUCUCUCUACAGAGUCAGUUUUCUUCCAUGUUUUGAUUCCGCAGCCCUGCAUCUCUAGUAGGGCUGCAAAUAAAAGUGAAAAUUUGUAGUUAAACAUGGUUUUCAAAGGAAGAUUUUUCUCUUCAAAGAAAUCAAGUUCGUCAAACCCCGAUGGAUCAAACAGUCCCAGAACUGUUAAUUCUGAUUCUCCAGUCAGAUCGGAGAAGAAAAAGGUCAAAUCCGUGAAGGAAGAGCAGCAGAUCGGGAGCAGCAGCGGCAGUUUUGGUGCCGUUUGUCGACAGACGAACGUCAAGGAUGGUAGUAAGCAGCAGUCACAGCAGCAAAAGAAGAAGGAGAUCAAAGGGAAAGAAGCUCAAACUCCUUCGAAGCAGACAUCGACGGCAGUUCACAGUUCUGCUUCGAAAUUACGAAAUGUUCCGGACAUAAAGGAGGCGCCUUCUUCCGUUUCACCAAUCCUUGCAUCAUCGCUUGGCUUGAAUCGAAUUAAGACGAGAUCAGGUCCAUUGCCGCAGGAAAGCUUCUUUGGGUAUCGUGCGGACAAGGGGUCUACUCUUGGUGCUAGCAAUCUAUCAAGGCUUGCUACUGAUGGGUGUUCUUCUUCCGCUUCGUCGUCUGCUGCUGGGGGGAGGAGUUCUGGAAAGAAGAAGGACGCUCAGAAAACGAAUAACAUGGCUUCUCACGACAAUGUGUCCCCUGUUAGUUGGGUGGACUGUGGUAUUAAUAGUGAUAGCAUGUCGAUUGAGAGUGCACAGUCGAGAGACCAGAGCCCAAAUGUUCAGGUCCGGUCUCGUCUUCAGAAUGUUGGUGUCUCAACCGAAAUGGGGCAGUGUAAUUCCUCAUGGGGCAAUUCUGGAGGCUUAAAAAGUACAGAUGUUUGUACUCCAGAGGCUUCAUAUGAUUGUGAAAUGCCGAAGGAGUCUGAAUCUCCUCGUUUUCAGGCGCUACUUCGGCUUACAAGUGCUCCUAGGAAAAGGUUUCCUGGUGAUAUAAAAAGUUUCUCUCAUGAAUUGAACUCCAAAGGUGUAAGGCCUUUCCCAUUUUGGAAGCCCCGAGGCUUAAACAAUUUAGAGGAGGUCUUAGUUGUCAUACGGGCAAAAUUUGACAAAGCAAAGGAAGAAGUGAACUCUGAUCUAGCCAUCUUUGCUGGAGAUUUGGUUGGAAUUCUGGAAAAAAAUGCAGAAACUCAUCCUGAUUGGCAGGAAACAAUUGAGGAUUUGUUGGUUCUAGCACGCCGCUGUGCUGUUAUGUCGCCUGGAGAGUUUUGGCUUCAGUGUGAAGGGAUAGUUCAGUAUUUGGAUGAUCGACGUCAAGAGCUUCCUAUGGGUAUGCUUAAGCAGCUGCACACACGAAUGCUUUUCAUCCUCACCAGAUGUACGAGAUUGUUGCAGUUCCACAAGGAAAGUGGAUUAGCUGAGGAUGAGCAUGUAGUUGGUCUUCGUCAAUCUAGAGUUUUGUUUUCUGAUGAUAAUAAACAAGUUCCAUCAGGCACAGGAAGGGAGGGGAAGGUUUUCAAUGCUGCUAGGGGCUCAAAGACCUCCACAAGGAAGUCUUAUAGUCAAGAGCAACGUGGCUUGGAUUGGAAGAGAGAGCAUGUGACGCAGCCCAUUUUCACCCCACCUCCUGUUACAGAAUCUCCAAAGAACAUUGAAUCCCUUGCAAGCAGGGACCGGAUUGCUUCUUGGAAGAAACUACCAUCGCCAACUGCAAAAAACCAGAGAGAAGCUGUUUCAGGGAAGGCUGAACGGGCAGUUUCCUUGCAGAUGUUAGAGAGCAGGAGAGAAAGUUCUGAUGCAGUUGGGGCAACUUUUAAGCCUCCUGAGCUUCCUCCUGCCAAAGAUUCCCCUGGACAUACUUCCCAACCUUCCAAGCACCAGCACAAGGUUUCUUGGGGCUACUGGGGUGAUCAGCAGAAUCUUUCUGAUGAUACUUCGAUCAUUUGUCGCAUUUGUGAGGAGGAAGUUCCAACCUCUCAUGUAGAAGAUCAUUCAAGAAUCUGUGCAAUUGCUGAUAGAUGUGAUCAGAAUGGUUUAACUGUUAAUGAGCGUCUUAUCAGGAUUGCGGAGACUCUUGAGAAAAUGGUAGAGUCCCUUUCACACAAGGACUUGCAGAAUAUGGUAGGAAGCCCAGAUGUUGCAAAAGUUUCAAACUCAAGUAUUAUGGAAGAAUCUGAUGGUCUGUCUCCAAAGCUCAGUGAUUGGUCCCAUAGGGGUUCAGAGGAGAUGCUUGAUUGCCUUCCUGAAGCUGGUGAUUUUGUUUUCGUGGAUGACCUAAAGGGUCCACCAUCGAUGUCAUGUAGAACGCGUUUUGGUCCUAAAUCUGAUCAUGGGAUGACAAAUUCAUCUGCAGGGAGCAUGACUCCUCGAUCUCCAUUAUUGACUCCAAGGGCCAGCUAUAUAGACUUGCUGUUGACAGGAAAGGGUGCAUAUGCUGAACAUGAAGAUCUUCCACAGAUGAAUGAAAUUGCAGAUAUUGCUCGAUGUGCUGCAAAUCCACCAAUGGAUGAUGACCAGUCCAUGCCUUAUCUGGUUUCCUGUCUUGAAGACCUACGGGUUGUAGUUGACCAUAGGAAACUAGAUGCACUUACUGUGGAGACAUUUGGAGCACGCAUUGAGAAAUUGAUUAGGGAAAAAUACUUGCAGCUCUGUGAGCUUGUGGACGAUGAGAAGGUUGAUAUUACGAGCACUGUAAUUGAUGAAGAUGUCCCCUUGGAAGAUGAUGUGGUUCGUAGCUUGAGAACGAGUCCUAUUCACUCUUCUAAGGACCGUACUUCCAUAGAUGACUUUGAAAUAAUAAAACCAAUCAGUCGUGGGGCAUUUGGACGAGUUUUCUUGGCGAAGAAGAGAACAACGGGUGAUCUAUUUGCGAUUAAGGUUCUUAAGAAGGCAGAUAUGAUCCGUAAGAAUGCUGUUGAGAGUAUUUUGGCUGAGCGUGACAUCUUGAUUUCAGUCCGCAAUCCUUUUGUGGUGCGCUUCUUCUAUUCUUUUACAUGCCGUGACAACUUAUAUCUUGUCAUGGAAUACUUGAAUGGAGGAGAUCUGUAUUCAUUGCUGAGGAAUUUAGGAUGCUUGGACGAAGAUGUUGCUCGCAUAUAUAUUGCUGAAGUUGUGCUUGCACUGGAAUACUUGCAUUCACUACGUGUAGUUCAUCGUGAUUUGAAGCCCGAUAAUUUGUUGAUUGCACAUGACGGUCAUAUCAAGUUGACAGACUUUGGGCUUUCAAAGGUUGGUCUCAUCAACAGCACCGAUGAUUUGUCUGGUCCAGCAGUUAGUGGGACUUCUUUGCUUGGAGAAGAUGAACCACAGUUCUCUGUAUCUGAGAAAUUGAAUCAGCGGGAAAGACGGCAAAAACGUUCAGCUGUGGGAACUCCUGAUUAUUUGGCUCCAGAGAUACUCUUAGGGACUGGACAUGGCACAACUGCAGAUUGGUGGUCUGUGGGUGUUAUUCUUUUUGAGCUGAUUGUUGGCAUACCACCCUUUAAUGCAGAGCAUCCACAGACUAUUUUUGACAAUAUACUCAAUCGUAAAAUUCCUUGGCCCCGGGUGCCUGAAGAGAUGAGCCUUGAAGCGGAAGAUCUAAUUGAUCGAUUAUUGACAGAAGAUCCUAAUCAGAGACUUGGAGCUAAAGGAGCGUCAGAGGUGAAGCAACAUGCAUUCUUCAAAGAUAUCAACUGGGACACGCUUGCCAGGCAGAAGGCUGCAUUUGUUCCUGCUUCAGAGAGCGCACUUGAUACAAGCUACUUCACAAGCCGAUACUCCUGGAAUACUUCAGAGGAACGUGUUGAUGCAGCCAGUGAAUUUGAUGAUUCCAGUGACAAUGGUAGCUUGAGUGGCAGCAGUAGCUGCCUGAGCAAUCGCCAGGAGGAAUUGGUAGAAUGCAUUGAACAGGGAGAUGAAUGCGGUGGUCUUGCUGAGUUUGAAUGCGGUUCAUCUGUCAAUUACUCAUUUAGUAAUUUUUCAUUCAAGAAUCUCUCACAGCUUGCGUCAAUCAACUAUGAUUUGCUUACGAAGGGAUGGAAGGAUGAACCCCCCAGCAAACAAUGAUGCUUGAGUACCCGAUGUUCUGUGCUGAGAAAUGGAAGUGGGUUUUUGACACGUAGUCGUCAUAUGAACCUUGAGCAUCCCAUUCACCUCAGCAAUUGCCUUGUACAGCCUGUAAAUAGACAGAAGCUUGAGAAGACAAACUUUGGGGAUGUGCUCUUUCCUGAUAUAGGCUAUAUUGUCCCACUGUGUGGGGCUUCAAUUUUAGUCUGAGUUAUUUGUUUUGGUUUUAAGGACCUCUCUGUACAUUGAUACAUGCCUCAGGGUAGGCCUUCAGAUGUAAACAAUGCGGUUUCUCCACCAUAGCAAAGAGAUCACAUCCCUUUUACUGA